UCCAGCUUAUUGUGUUGUGCCUGCACUGUGGCGGUUGCACUGUGGCGGUUGCCCUCGCUCGCCCCGCGUAGAAGCUCCUGGAAGGGCAACCCAGUGGAUACUAGGCACAGUGGCCAAAGCCGCAUCGGGAGAGUGGGAGCGGCCUUGGGGAGGUCGAGCCCGGUGGGAAGGGCGGAUGAAAACCGAAUAGGUCCCGGUCGUGGUCCGUUCUGGAGGACGCUGAUCUGAUGUCCCAAACUUCCCGGGAUGUAUUGCUAAGGUGUUAGAAGUUUCAAGUCUGAGGAUUUACGCUCUGUUGUCCCUAAAAGGGCUCAUCAGAGAAGAAGGAAUGGCAGUCAGGUGCCUGCCAACCAUGGUCCAGGAAUCGGUGACCUUCAAGGAUGUGGCCGUGCUUUUCACCCAGGAUGAGUGGGCACAGCUGAGCCCAGCUCAGAGGGCCCUGUACAGGGAUGUGAUGCUGGAGAACUACAGUCACCUGGUGUCCCUGGGACUCUUAGGACCCAAACCGGAUAUGUUUUCCCAGCUGGGAAAAGGGGAAGAAUGGAUGCUGGAGGACUCCUUGGGAGGCUUCUGUCUUGACUGGAUGACUAUGCCUGUGAGUAAGAAAUCUACUCUAAAGGCAAGUAUUCCUGAAGGAGAAUUGGGUCAGCAGGCAAUAAUGGAAAGAUUCACUAAAGAUAGUCACUGGAAAUUUGAUAGCCUGUGGAAGUGGCAACAUGAAGGCCAGGAGCUAAAGUUGCAGCAGGUGGUACUCCCUCACCAGAAAACCUCAUCUGGGACUAGUGGCCAGGAAUACGAUGAAUCUGGGAAGCAUUGCACCAUGGGCUCAUCUUUUAUUCAAAGUCAGGGAUCUCAAUCUAGCAAGAAAGCCUUUGUGUGUAGUGACUGUGGAAAGGUCUUCACUAAGAGUUCAGCCCUCAAUAAACAUCAGAAGACUCAUACUGAAAAACUUAAUGCAAAUCAGAAAACUCUUAUUAAAGAGAAACGAUAUGAAUGUAGAGAAUGUGGGAAAGCCUUUCACCAGAGCACACACCUUAUCCAUCACCAAAGAAUUCACACGGGUGAGAAGCCAUAUGAGUGUAAGGAAUGUGGCAAAGCCUUCUCAGUGAGCUCCUCACUUACUUAUCACCAGAAAAUUCAUACUGGAGAGAAACCUUUUGAAUGCAAGUUAUGUGGAAAAGCUUUUAUCCGAAACAUCCACCUUGCCCACCAUCACAGAAUACAUACUGGAGAGAAACCAUUUCAAUGUAACAUAUGUGACAAAGCCUUUGUGUGCAGGGCACAUCUUACCAAACACCAGAAUAUUCACAGUGGAGAGAAACCCUACAAAUGUAAUGAAUGUGGGAAAGCCUUCAAUCAGAGUACAAGUUUUCUUCAGCAUCAAAGAAUUCACACUGGAGAGAAGCCUUUUGAAUGUAAUGAAUGUGGAAAAGCCUUCAGGGUGAACUCUUCCCUUACUGAACAUCAAAGGAUUCACACUGGAGAGAAACCUUAUAAGUGUAGUGAAUGUGGGAAAGCCUUCAGGGAUAAUUCAUCCUUUGCUCGACAUCGAAAAAUUCAUACCGGAGAGAAACCUUACAGAUGUGGUUUGUGUGAGAAAGCCUUCCGGGAUCAAUCAGCCCUAGCUCAGCAUCAGAGAAUUCAUACUGGGGAGAAACCUUAUACAUGUAACAUAUGUGAGAAAGCCUUCAGUGACCAUUCAGCCCUCACUCAACACAAGAGAAUUCAUACUAGAGAAAAGCCAUACAAAUGUAAGAUCUGUGAGAAAGCCUUCAUCCGAAGCACACACCUAACACAACAUCAGAGGAUUCACACAGGAGAGAAACCCUAUAAAUGUAAUAAGUGUGGGAAAGCUUUCAACCAGACUGCAAAUCUCAUUCAGCAUCAGAGACAUCAUAUUGGAGAAAAGUGAUAUGGAAGAGCUUUGAGCCUGAGUGUAUUAAGUAUUGAAUGUCAGAGAAUCCAUUCUUGAGUAUAACCAUGAAGGCUAACAUGAAGAUAGUCAUUUUAUGUACUGAGAGUCAAGUUUCACAACAGUGUGGAUUUUGAGAACUUAAGAAUGGACACUCCUCAUAGUUCAGAACUGCCUCACUGGAAUAGCAGUCAUGUUAAAGUAGUCUGAAUUACCACGUAUCAGGACCAAAAUGGACCUUCAACAACAACAUAGAAAUUCAUUGACUAUUAAGAGAAAUUAUAAAGCUAUAAAAAAUUAAGGUUGAGAAGCAAAGGAAUAGAAAAGUAAGAAAAUGGUCCCUUAGCAUUUUACUGUACUUGAUUGCCUCAUAUAAGAGGGUCUCUUACCUUUAAUGGCACCCUUUGUUUUCCUCGCUGCCACUGCUGACACCCAGUGUAAAGAAAAUGCAGUCACCCAUGCAUUGGCCCAGGAGUUACUUAAAUUAUGCUUCCUACCUUCUGCUUUAAACAUGUUUCCGUCAGAUCUCCCUGGUCUGUGUCCCCUAGCUUUUUACCUGUAUUCUCCUGGGACAAUUCAUUUGGAUGUCAUGUCCCUCAUUUGAUUUAGCAACUCUUAACUGGUACAUUGUGUCACUGUUGCCACUGCAUUUGCCCUUGAAGACUGUGGUGAGCCAACCUCACACACAAUCCAUGAUUCUGGAUAUUAUACCAAACCCAGCUUUCAGAACUUAAGAGAAAUCUGUCUGGGUGGCAGAGGUUGAUCAAAAUUCCUGAGUUACCCAGUUCCUCUGGGCUUCAGCUUGACCCUGACCCAGGGUGAUACCUAACAUAGGGGCCUAGUCUGCUCCUUUUGCCUGGACUCUAGAAAAAGAUGGGAGCCUGAGAGGCAGAACCACCCCACCCCAGUUGUUCUGCACUGUAGUCACUCUGCCCACAGCAGUCAGGGCUCACCUUUGGGUAUGAGACCCCAACCACCCAGGGGUGUUCUGGGCCACCUCCACCUCCGCCAUCAGUUCCUGAUGUGAAACUGACAAGGGAGGUUAGAGCCCUAAGGGAGUUGUCAAAAGACUGGGACCCCUCUUUUUGCCUUGGCUGGGCAGUCUCUGGUUCCAUUGCAUUAGAGCACUUCUGUUACUCCCAGAAUAUUGAACUGCUGCAUACUGGUCCUUGCUCUGCUUUUGUCCAUUUUUCUGAAGGCACAGGUGUGUGUUCACAGGAAACACAGAGAUCUUUGAAUUUCUGCUUUUGCAUUUAGAAGUGGCCAUUUCCUUUCCUUCAUCUGGGUGUACCACCACUUACAUUCUGACAGUGGUGAUCAAUGUGUUGAAUAAUUCUGUGGAGUUACAACAGCACUGUGACAUUCUCUGACUGGGGAUGGUAUCCAUGCCUGGAAGUCUGGGUGAUACUCUAGUCCUGCAGAUGUGUUCCUUCACCAUCUUUAAUCCUUCAGUGCUGUAGGUAGAAAUCACAGAUCAAAUCACAUCUAUAUAGGGAGUUUCUAUGUGGUUCAGUGGGUUAAAGAUCUGGCAUUGUCACUGCUGUGGCUUGGGUCACUGCUGUAGUUCAGGGUCAGACCCUGGCUCAGGAACUUCCACAUGCUGCAGAUGUGGCCAAAAAAAAAAAAAAAUCACUUCUGUGUGCUAUCACACCCAGCCUCUGGUGACACCUCCCCUUCCCCACCACAAAAAGCAGGGAGUCACAUUACUGCAUGCUGGAACAUACCACAGCAUUAAGGUGGAAGAGCAAGCCAGCUAUCAUCUGGGAAGCAAUGAACAUCCAUCAGGUCGGGCAGCCUGGUGGCCCCCACAAAUGCUGCUCCUCGGCACCAAGUUGCUGGAGAGGAUAUUCAAUGACAUGGUGGAGUCAGUGGACUUCAGGUGGAACAUAGACAUGAAAGCUUCUAGCAGCUUUAAAGGCCCAGGUCGCUAUAUUCAGAUUCCAUCUAAUAAAGGCCACCUGUGUGGGUGGGCAUCUCCUGUUAGGUGAUCAGCAACUCAUCCUUUUUCCCCUAUUGACCUGAAGAACAGCAUUUCAAGAGGUUACCUGGGACUCUCUGUGCCCUGGGCCCACACAUGUUCGCCUGCACCCUCAUGUGGCUGGCAACCCCGGAUUCCACAAUAAACUUGAAAAACUGCUCACUGCUCCAGAGAUCUGCCUUUGGUAUAUCCCUAUGGCCCACCUGGUCCUAGUACCUCCUUACCUUGAAUUCCUCACAAGGAAUACAUUUCUCAGCUGAGUUUGUUGUUCCUUUUGUUUGUUU